AUGCCAGUUGAAAUAAUUAGAGAAGGUAACCUUUCAUCGCCACAACAACACAUGAAGCAAUUUGAAAUUUCUCAUGCAGAGGACUUCAUGAGCACACGGAGUAAAGUAAAUUUUCCGGGACUCGUAGAGCGACUUAAAACCCGGAGUAUCGUAGAUUAUAUCAUCCAAAGAGUUCUACAUCUACAUCUCCAAGAUUUUAUGGACGCCUUUACGGAAAGAUGUAAAAACAAAACGGUAGAUAUCCUGGCUUUCCUUUGGUCCACCAGUUUAAAAACUGAAAAGUUUAUAGAAGUAGAGAAAAAGAUGAAUUCUUUGGAAUUAGACUUAACUGCUCAACACAUGGACAAUUUGAUAAGGAAUCUUUCGGGUUUUAACCUUGAAGUUGACAAGAUCGAAAGAGAUGGGAACUGUUUUUUCAGAGCAGUUGCCUCACAGCUCAAUAGACACCUGAGGGAAUAUAAGGAACAUAUCGAAGGGCAUUGCACUUCCCUUGGAUUAGGAAUUAGUGAAGCCUUCGACACACGCGUACGUAGACUUAGGGAGCUGUUUGUGAAAGAAGUCUCUGAUAACAUUGAAGAGUACAGAGACUGGAUGACAACUGGCGUUAAUGGGUUAGAGGAAGUUUACAAAUUUAGCCAAGACGGAUUUUUCGCAAAUGAAGUUGGUGAUUUAUGCGCGAGAGCAACAGCUAAAGUCUUUAAAAUUCCAAUUGUGAUUAUUACCGCUCUCCCUUCAACACCUACGGUGCCAUUCCUACCACACGAAUUCCUUACCACCACACCCAUCUACAUUGCAUAUGAUCAUUCUGGGCCAGGCCACUACGAUGCCACAAAAGAAGUUUCAAGUGAGAAUGACUGUGACGAACAAGCGAAGGAAACAAGAUGCACUUGCGGUAAAAACAAGAAAAAUAAGUCAGUUUCAGACAUUUUCUGUGUUUCUGGUAAAUGCCCGUGCCACAAAGUGAACCACUCUUGUACCCGCUCGUGUAGAUGUUACAAUUGCAAAAAUACGUGCAAUUCCAAUGAAGUUGUGAAGGUAACAAAGAGUCUGAAGAGAGGCUGUAGGUGCGGAGUUGGACAAAAGAGCAAAGGGGACGGAGAACCAAAUGCAAGUCACAAGUCGUGUCAAGACAGUCUCCGCAAGUCGAAGUGUCCGUGUGUAGCGGGUGGCAUAGGAUGCACCGAAGUCUGCAGAUGCUUUAAUUGUGGAAACAUUGUUCAAGCUCGAGCUGACCCGGGAAAAUCCCCAAAACGAAAGAAGCGAAAUAGGGCGACCGUCUCUCCAUAUAAGAGGAAAAAGGGAUCAAAGUUCAUGAUAAGUCAAAAUGCAGAGGUGGAUUGUGGACCAUGGAGAAACAUUGAAACGCUUUGUUUGAUGGUUUGCCGGGACGUGAUGCUAAGUCAAGGACUUUCCAUAAAUUCAAAAAAUUUGCGUGAUUUGUAUGAUUUCGUGGCUAAGUCUCCUGCUGUUAUGGAAAUGUCUUUAAACAUAGCUGCGAAGUCUACAGCACAAAUUGCGGCUAAAAUAGCGCAUCUAAGAGGCAUUGAUUUGUAAAAUACACAUAAGGUAGGGCUAUCCUGUCCAGUGAAAGUUUUGAAGGCUUCACUUCUGCUACCUUUUAAUUCCGCUCUUAAUGAUAAAAGAAUGUUCUUCAAAAAGUUCAAAAAGUUACCCGUUAGAUCUCAUGUCCAAUCAGACUUUUGAGCUUUCUCUUUAAUGGAUGAAAAACGCGAGAAAAGAUGACUAGUGAUUCACGAUUUCUUAUUCACACUGUAUUAGGCCACAGAGAAAUUACUAAGUAAAUACAGCUUUGUGUCAAAACUGAGUGAUUACCUAGAUUUUGUACGACUAUUUUUGUUCUUUUGUAUCUUGUUAUUAUAACAAAAGAUUCACGGUGUGCAUUUCAUGUUUAUGUUGGAAAAGGUGUGACUAAUCGUACGCGAACUCGUUCAUAUUGGAUUGCUGCAGAAUAAGUACAACUUGUUACAUGUUUAACUGACCACAAUAGUUUUUUUAAUUACUCGUAUACCAAUGAUAGUUCUGCAUUCCCUCA